GUUACGGGGCGGGGCGAGCGCGGCGACGCGCUCCCGGCCUGGCGUUCUGGUUCCGCAGACCCGGUCGCCCACCCUGCCCGGCACGGCCCGUCCUGUCCCCAUGUACCGCGCGUUGUACGCGUUCCGCUCGGCGGAGCCCAAUGCUCUGGCGUUCGCCGCGGGGGAGACCUUCCUGGUGCUGGAACGCAGCAGCGCGCACUGGUGGCUGGCGGCGCGGGCGCGCAGUGGCGAGACGGGUUACGUGCCUCCCGCCUACCUGCACCGCCUGCAGGGCCUGGAGCAGGAUGUCCUCCAAGCCAUUGACCGGGCCAUUGAGGCUGUGCACAAUGCAGCCAUGCGGGAUGGUGGCAAGUACAGCUUGGAACAGCGCGGAGUCCUCCAGAAGCUGAUCCACCACCGGAAGGAGACCCUGUCUCGCAGAGGCCCCUCAGCCUCCAACCCUGCAGCUAUGACACCAUCCACCAGUGACCACCAUCUGGAUGCCGCUGCUGCCAGGCAGCCCAAUGGGGUGUGUCGAACUGGGUUCGAGCGGCAACACAGCCUGCCCAGUUCUGAGUAUCUUGGGGCAGAUGGAGGCCUCUACCAGAUCCCACCACAGCCUCGCCGAGCAGCACCGACAACACCACCCCCACCUGUGAAGCGUCGAGACCGUGAGGCCCUGGUGGUCUCAGGGAGCGGCGGCCGCAACACCACGCCCUCCGGGGGCAGUUCUAUGUCCAGCGGCUCCUCAGUCAGCAGCACCUCUCUUGACACGCUCUAUACUGGCUCCAGCUCAUCUGAGCAGGGCCCCAGCUGCUCACCCACGCCCCCACCCGUGCCCCGCCGAGGCACCCAUACCACUGUAUCCCAAACUCAGCCUCCUCCCUCCAAGGCGCCAGCCCCCAAACCCCCUACAGAGGAGGUGGCAGUUGAUGCAACCUCAGCCCCCGAUGAGCUGGAGUCCCUGGGUGCGCUGAGCCUGGGGACCACAGAGGAGAAGGCGGUGGCUGAGACGGCCGUGCCCAAGACCAUCGGGGCAGAGCUGAUGGAGCUCGUGCGGAGAAACACCGGCCUGAGCCAUGAGCUGUGCCGUGUGGCCAUUGGCGUCGUGGUGGGUCACAUCCAGGCCUCCGUGCCGGCCAGCUCACCUGUCAUGGAGCAGGUCCUCCUCUCGCUGGUAGAGGGCAAGGACCUGAGCACUGCCCUGCCCUCAGGGCAAGUCUGCCAUGACCAGCAGCGACUAGAAGUAAUCUUCGCAGACCUGGCUCGGCGGAAGGACGAUGCCCAGCAGCGCAGCUGGGCCCUGUACGAGGAUGAGACUGUCAUCCGCUGCUACCUGGAGGAGCUGCUGCAUAUUCUGACUGAUGCGGACCCUGAAGUUUGCAAGAAAAUGUGCAAGAGAAAUGAGUUCGAGUCUGUCCUGGCCUUGGUGGCCUAUUACCAAAUGGAGCACCGGGUGUCGCUGCGGCUGCUGCUCCUCAAGUGCUUCGGUGCCAUGUGCAGCCUGGAUGCUGCCAUCAUCUCCACACUGGUGUCAUCUGUUCUUCCUGUGGAGCUGGCCCGGGACAUGCAGACAGACACACAGGAUCACCAGAAACUCUGUUACUCCGCCCUCAUCCUGGCCAUGGUGUUCUCCAUGGGGGAGGCAGUGCCCUAUGCACACUAUGAGCACCUGGGCACACCCUUCGCCCAGUUCCUGCUGAGUAUUGUCGAGGAUGGGCUGCCCUUGGACACCACAGAGCAGCUGCCGGAUCUCUGCAUGAACCUGCUUCUGGCUCUCAACUUACAUCUGCCAGCUCCUGACCAAAACGUCAUCAUGGCUGCCCUGAGCAAACAUGCCAAUGUCAAGAUCUUCUCUGAGAAGCUGCUGCUGCUCCUGAACAGAGGAGAUGAUCCUGUGCGCAUCUUCAAACAUGAGCCACAGCCACCACACUCCAUCCUCAAGUUCCUGCAGGAUGUGUUCGCCAGCUCUGCCACGGCCGCCAUCUUCUACCACACAGACAUGAUGGCGCUCAUUGACAUCACUGUGCGGCACAUCGCGGACCUGUCACCUGGAGACAAGCUGCGCAUGGAGUACCUCUCCCUGAUGCAUGCAGUGGUCCGCUCCACACCCUACCUGCAGCACCGCCACCGGCUACCCGACCUGCAGGCCACGCUGCGACGCAUCCUAAUGGAGGAGGAAGCCUCACCACAGUGCCAGAUGGACCGCAUGAUUGUCCGAGAGAUGUGCAAAGAAUUCCCACUGCUGGGCGAGGCCCCCAGCUAGCACUUUCCUUUCCUCCCUUCCCUGCAGCCCUGGGCAGGGUGCAGGGAAUUGGAGGCUGGGCCCUAAGAAUGUUUUGCACUGACAGUGUGAGGGGAGGUGGUAGUGGAAGGCACCUGAGCUGAACCCUCCCAUCUGAAAUAGAGCUAAUUCAAGGGGCCAAGUGCAGGAUUGGGGACCACGCUCCGGGAGCUGUGUUGGGGCAGGGAGACUAUGUGAGCUGAAGCCCCUCUACCUCCCUGCAGUCUGCCUCUUCAGCAUGCCCCCUCUACCCCCGCCAUACACACAUGCACAUAGAGUCCUGCUGCUGCUCCAGGCUGGGCCAGAGGCCCCAUCCCCACCCUUGUCUGGUCUGUGUCCUGGGUUUCAGCAAGCCGUGUCCCUGGGGUGAGGGGGGCACCUCCCACCAGCUCUGUUCUUUGCCUUAGCUUUGCAAUGAGUGCUGCUCAUGUGCUCCCCACCUGCACCCAUGGUGGGGGGAUUCGCUGCCCCUUGUUCCUGCCCCCAGGGGCCUUGGCCAAGCUGCUGCUUUGAAAGCAGGCUCUUGGAGAUAGGCCAUCUACCCUGGAGCCUCACAGAAUGGGGUGAUGGCACUCAGAAAGCCAAUGACAGAAUCUAUUUUCUCUGUAAAAAUGUAGACUGAAAAGCCAUGUGUAUUUUCCUAUGUGCUGCAACUCACCUUUGGAAAUAAAUCACAGGCAUCUGGAAA